AACUAUUUCAUCUACAGUUGUCUUGUAUAAUUUUCUGUACAUACGUAAAGUAUUUCUCUAAUGUCGGAGCUGAACAAAACAAGCUUUGCUAUAGGAACUAAAAUCUGUUUAUGGUUUCAACCCGGUAAAAUAUCUCUGUCGCACGUUUACGUUCACGUAAUUGCAAGACUGGCUACUCAAGUACCCAGUGGUUAGCAACAUUAGCAUUUGAUAAUGGUAUCAGUCUACAUGUUUGUGCAGUCAUAAAAGAAAACGAGUAAAAUAAUUUUGAAUAUUUUUAAAAUGUGAUAUAUGGUUUACUCGGUUUGUCAUCCCGUUUUCUUGUAGCUUUAGUGAUUCUAUGCGAACUAAAGCCGAACGUUUGAUCACAUUUGGCUAACAUUAGACACCAGACGUAACGUCAACAGAAAAUAUUGAAUGCAUUGCAUGCACGGAUAAUCUGCGAUAAUCUAAAUGUUUGGUUGAGACCUGCACAAACAAACAACAAAUUAGCUGCACUGCCCUCAACUGGAUCUGCUUCAUCUCCACCUGGACCCACGGGAUGGCUGCUGCACAACCUGCAGCCGAUCACAGUACCUCCAAGGAGGAGUUCAUUGAUUUGUACAGUGACCUGGCUGAAGACGACGAGGAUUUAAAAAGAAUUGCAGAAGCAAAUGAACUUUUUGAUGCUGUUCUGACUGGCUCGGUUGAUAAGGAUAAGAAACUUACCACAAGUGUCUCCAGUUCUUGUGGUAAGGGCAAAGCAGUUAAAAAGGAUGUAGAGCCACAAGCAGCAAACACCUCAAAACAAAGUAAACAACAAAGGAAACUGUCUUUAUACAUUGGAAAUUUCCCUUGGUGGACAACUGACAAGGAUAUUAUGACCAUGGCUCAUACAUUAAGUGUGAAGGACGUCACAGAUAUCAAGUUUGCUGAAAACAAAGUUAAUGGCCAGUCACGAGGCUAUGCAGAAGUGGUGGUGAUUUCAGAAGAGUCAAUGAAAGUAUUAUUGGAGAAAGUACCACAAUGUAAACUCCAUGGAGAAAGUUUAGAUUGUCGUUUUGCCACCCAUCAAAACCUCAGUCUAUUUGAGGAUAUAGCAAAUAAACGUAUACCCAUGCGUGCUCCUUCGAAGGAGUCUGAUUCUACAGAAAACAUUCCCUCAUUGUUAUCACAGGAGACAAAGCCACACACUGUAUCACCACCUUUUUCUUCACAUCCAUUUACAAACAGUUUUCCCCCAAUACCUAGCCCUUUCCUUAGUCAGCCCCCGCCACUUUUCCCCCCACUUCCACCACCCCAAUUUCUUCCUACCUGUCCACCUUAUGUUCCUGGCCACCCAUCUUCUACUCUUCACAUAAAUCCAGCAUUCGUCAACCCAAUGCAGGAUGGGAACAGCAGCAAAGCUUACAGCCACCAAAAGCCUACAUCUCAAAGAACAGAUGCAGAUUUUGAGGAGCUAAUGAACAGAAACCAAGCCAUUGCAAGUGGUGCCAUCACCAAGGCUAUGUCUGGAGCAACGACUGGAGACCUGCGAGUGGCCAUGGAGACUCUUCUAACUGCCAUCGCCAUCAUUAAGCAAUCCAGAGUGUAUCGAGAUGAUCGUUGCCAAGCCCUGGUCACUUCUCUAAAAGACUGUUUAGUGUCCAUUCAGGGGAAAUAUGGCUACAGGAGUGGCAGGAGCUCAGGGGACAGAGAUCGGGACAGGGGUCGUGACAGAGUCCGAGACCGGGAUCGUGACAGAGGGUGGGACCGAGAGGACUCCUCUGGCUGGGAAGGGCCACGAACAUCUCGAAGACACAGAGAUCGAUCGUGGAGUGGAGAGAGGGACAAAGAGCGCUCGAGAGAACGGGACAGACAUAGAGAUCAAAGAGACCGGUACCGAUAACUUGACCAAGUCUCUCUGGAGGUGACACAGAAUGAAGACAGGACUGUUUAUUUCUUUAAUACGAAUACAAAUCUAAGAUGAAACUUUUAGGGUGCCUCCAAAAAAAUCCAAGAUGAUUUUCCCCUUUCCACUCAUCUGUAUAUAUUUGGACUGUAACAUUUAAAAAAGUAACUGUAGAGUUGUUGCAGAGACAUCAGGUUUUGAUGCUUGCAUGCUCUACACACCUAUUAACUUGUGUUGGAUGUAAUGUUUCUUUUGUAUUAAAAGCAAAGUUAAAAUAUAA